AUGGCCCCAGGUCAAUUCUACAUCACGGGGCAUACCCUCAUCCCCGGGCAUAGAGUCACGUUCAAUGUCAUUUGGAACCAAGAGAGCGGCCCAAAUACCACUGCUGACAACUUCCCUGAGGCCGAGGCUCAAGCCAGGUAUCCUGCCGCAGUCUACAACUACUGGCAGAACAGAGGCGGCCGAGGUGAUGCUACUGGAUAUGACCAUUAUCAUGUCUUCAGAGUUUUGGACCAUCAUUUCGAUGACCUCAACGUCCUCUACAAAGUCCAGUGGGAAGGCUUCCCACCGACACAGCCCAACUGCACUUGGGAGCCGUUGAGCAAGUUGAUUGACAUCGCACCAGAAGCGUUGAGAACGUACCAUCGUCUGGUUAAUCAGACCCAACAACAACCUACACGACGCAGAGGUGGACGGCAACGAAGGACUGCGAGACCAGCUUCAAUAUCCUCGUCCAUCGCACGCUGGAAGAUCGCUCGGCCCAACAAACCCAGCUGUCUACUGCUCCAGAGCUGGACACGACUCAGGGACUGGCUCAAGGUGCGCUCGAGAGGCUCAUGUAUCAAAGACCAGUCUCUACCCUUGAUGGACCUCCGUGAGGAGAGUGCUUCUGACUUUGCCAACCUGAUCUGGGGCGGCCCGGGCUGCAAGUCAGCGACACCAACCACCAUCAUUUCGCAAGAUAACACACUGACACGAUGCGAUUAUGUUGGAUAA